UCCGCUCUUGACACUCCCAACUCUGCUACUUUGCUUCGUGCAUUCAAGGUUGAUAUUUGUACUGGGUAUAUUGUGGAAUUUGAGAUUGUGAGGGGUCAAAAGAUGAGGCAGCUUAUAAUGCUGGAUGAGGGUUUGAGGAUUCUUGAAGAAGGGAUUGUGAAAGCAAAUAACAUUCUGAUUGGACACCCGCCCAAGUCAUUGUUCUCCGGUGAAGAUUAUAUGAAGUUCUAUAACUGUGUUUAUACCAUGUGUUCUCAGAGACCACCUUAUGAAUAUUCAGAGGAGCUUUAUGAAAGAUACAAAACUGCUUUGGAAGCGAGCAUUGUUUCAAUUGUGCUGCCAUCACUAUAUGACAAAUAUGAUGCCUAUUUGCUCGUGAGCCUUCUGCAAAUGUGGUCAAAUUACAAGGUGAUGACAAAGUGUUUGUUGGGAUUUUUCCAGUACCUUGAUUAUCACUUCGUUAGUAGAAGACACGUUCCAUCACUCAAUGAUCUUGCCAUUCUUUGCUUUCACAAUCUGGUCUGCAGUAAGUUGUAUGAUAAGUUUAGAGAUGCUGCAAUUUCCCUGAUCAAUCAGGAGCGGAAUGGGAAACAGUUUCAACAGGAUUUGAUAAAGAAUGUCUUGGAUUUCUUUGUGGAAAUUGGAGAGGGAAAGAUAGAUUACUAUGAAACUUUUGAGCAGUUCAUGCUUGCAGAUGCAGCCAGUUAUUACUCUCAAUUAGCUUCAGAGAUGCUUUGGUACAAAUCAUCUACAGAUUACAUUCAAAAGGUUGCGUGGUUUUUGAUUCAAGAGAGAGAAAGAGCUGGUCGGUACUUACGGCAGGCCUCCCUAGAGAAGUUACUUGAGAUUGUGAAAUGUAAAUUGAUGGGUGACACUGCACAGAUAGAAAAGCAAAAGGCUGAGAGCCAUGACACUGAAACUUAUCAGGAUCUACUGUCAAAAUAUGCUGGCAUGAGCAUUGGAGAGGGAAGUUCUGGGCAAACCUAUCGAUUUUCUUUUAGUAAUUAAUUAUUAUAGGUUGAUGAAACAGUUAACACAAAAUCCACUGAUUUUUGUAAGCAAAUAUAUGAGGAAUAGUUUGCAAUGGAAUUGAUAGGUUUUAAGAUGCCAUGCUCAAAUCAAAAAGUCCAUGUGUGUGUUACUGUGUAUAUAUCAAUACAUAUGUGCCUUCUACAAUUGAGCAUUUUUGUUGGGAUUCAGUAAUUUUUGGUUCAUUAAUUUACUGGUAAAAACUGCCUACAGUUUCUCCUUG